UAUGUGUGCGCGCCCUUUCCACACACUUCCAUUCUCAUACCGGAUCUCCGAUACCCACCGGUCAACCGGCUGGUCAACAUGUCCAGGACCGCCUCCUACUGGUGUUACAGAUGUACACGCAUCGUCAGAAUAAUCCCCCAAGACGCCGUUGUCUGUCCUUACUGCCAUGGCGAAUUCAUUGAAGCCGUCGACUCUUCAACACCCGAAUCUCGCCGCCCUUUUCCUGACCGCUCAGAUCUGAGGCUCCGCCGCCGAAACGCAGGGGACAGGUCUCCGUUUAAUCCGGUUAUUGUUCUUCGAGGUACCGAUGAUGAAAAUUCAGGGGGUGGAGACAGAGGUUUUGAGUUGUACUAUGAUGACGGAGCAGGUUCCGGAUUGCAGCCUUUGCCGCCGACGAUGUCGGAGUUUCUGAUGGGGUCAGGGUUUGACCGGUUGCUGGAUCAGUUAUCGCAGAUCGAGAUUAACGGAUUAGGUCGUGGAGAACAUCCACCGGCGUCUAAAGCGGCGGUUGAGUCGAUGCCUGCAAUAGAGAUCUCGGAUGUACAAGUCAGCAGCGAAUUGCACUGCGCCGUCUGCAAAGAAGCGUUCGUUCUCGGAGCUGAAGCUCGUGAGAUGCCAUGUAAACACAUCUACCAUCCCAAUUGCAUUCUCCCAUGGCUAGCUCUUCGAAACUCUUGCCCUGUUUGCCGACAAGAACUUCCAACAGAUUCAACAAAUUCCAACAAUCUACAACUCUCGGAGCAAAACGAAGAGGAAUCAGCAACAGUUGGAUUGACAAUAUGGAGAUUACCUGGCGGUGGAUUCGCAGUUGGAAGGUUUGCCGGGGGUAGAAGAGCCGGCGGUGGAGAGAGAGAGCUUCCGGUUGUCUACACAGAAAUGGACGGUGGGUUCAAUAACAGUACAGGUACGCCAAGGAGGAUCAUGUGGGAAUCAAGAAGGGGAAGGACUAGAGGAGAAGGUGGAUUCGGCAGAGCUUUUCGCAACAUGUUCUCAUUCUUUGGCAGAUUAAGGUCGUCUUCAAAUUCUAAUGGUUCAUCAAUGAACAGAAGUCGGAGUGUAUCCAGUUCAGUUUUCAGUAGAAUGACAAGUAGGCGAAAUAGAACUUGGGUUUUAGAUGAACAGAAUGGUUUGUCCAGAUGGUAGAGACUGGAUGCAAUCAAGGGCACCUUUUGAUUCAGGUUCAGAAAUUGAAUCAAAGCAGAUCUUUCCCAGGUUCUGAUUCAAACCUCAACUUUUUGUAAAUAGAUUUGAUUCCAAUUUUGUGCAAUUAAAGGUAGGAAAGAAAAAGGUGAAGAAGCCCUUCAUUUGUGUUUUGAUUUGAAGCCCAAAAGCCAGCCAUUCGAGCCAAACAAAUGCUGGGUUCUUUUGCUAUAAAAGCUCUAUCAAUGGCGUUUUGUUAAAGGGUUUUGAUUCUGUUCAUCUGUAGAUUCCUGUAAGUUGAUUCUAUUCUAUGUCAGAACAUAAUCAUCUUAAUUCUUCUUUAUUUGUGUCUUCUCUUUCUAUUUCGAUUCUUGAAUUGAAUUAAGUUUGUUAAUGGGUGUGCUUGAAAGAUUUGACAAGACUGGCCCAGUCCAAGCACUCAUUCAAUAAACUUGGUGGAUUCUGCCA